AUGUUCGCCAAGAAAACUUGCACUCUCCUUCUUGCAGUGCUUCUCGUAGCACUUCUUGCAUGCUGUUAUUGUCACGCCCAACAAGCAGCACAACAACCGGCUCAACAAGGCGGUCAAUCAUCCUCUGGACAAACUCAAGGUGAUGAUGAAGGUGUGGAUCCUACCUUUGAAGCGGAAGAAUCCGAAGAGUCCGAAGAAUCCGAGGAGGCCGAGGACAGUUAUGGUCGUGGCGGUGGCUAUGGAAGUAUGUACGGUCGUGGCGGAAGUUAUGGCAACAUGUAUGGCCAUGGAAGAAGCAUGUAUGGUUAUGGCAACAUGGGAAGUAGCUACUAUGGUCGUAACAUGUAUGGUCACGGUUAUGGACACAUGCCUUACUACCGUCAUCCUUAUUACAUGCGUCCUUAUUAUCAUCACAGACCAUACUAUUAUCAUCACAGACCAUAUUAUUACCAUAAGCCUUAUCCAAUGCCAUAUUAUCAAAUGCAAAAUUACCCAAUGCAAAAUUAUCCAAUGCCAUAUAAUAACAACAUGCAAAAUUAUGGAUAUGGAAUGAAUUAUUAA